UGUUUGCUGAUUUAGACUAAGGUGUCAAUAUUUUUCUAAUGAAUUCUCACAACCAAUUAUGUGGCCACAUGCUACACUCUCUGUAGUUCCGUCUAAUGCCCUAAAGUGGUUUCAGUUUGUUUUCUUCGGAAUGAACCUUAAAGGUUCUAUGUAUAACCCUAUAACAAUGUUGUUUUUUUUUAAGAAAAAGGGUUUGAAGUAGAAUCUUUGGGUCUAGAAUGCUAGACCCAAUAACCAUCCAAAAGACCAAGCCUUUUUCUAAGAGUAUAGUAAUGGCACAUUUCACUCAUUGCUGAAUGGAAGGCUUUUAUCAAAUGUAAUCUGUUUGGUGCUCAAAAUAUUUGUAUCUUUAUUUGGAUUUAAACCCAAAAUGGGUGUGACCUUUCAAAUGUUUCCAAAUAUAGGGAAUCGUUGUUUAUAAUUGCUGUUUACAACAAUAGCCGGGCAGCCAGGGGGAGAACGCUUAUCUGUUUCAUGUAAAUAAUAUAUUCCUAUUCAAUUAUGUCCCUAAUAUAAGUAGAGAAUGGUGCAAUGCCGUGGUGAUAUUUAAAAAGCUAUACAAAACAUCUUUCUAAUCCGUGAUGUCAUCCUGAGGCUUGUUAGCUAUAUAAGAAGCCACACACAGUCAGAAACGAAACUAUAUUAAAGAGAACUGCAGACUGUUCCAAGAAGGGUGUACCUGUGGCACAGAUUCAAUCAAGGAGAUGGCAGAAAUGCUGAAAAUAGACGAGAAGAUGGAAGAUGAACUGGAUGACAUCCCUCCUGAUUAUUUAGGUGACUUAGAAGAAUAUCAUAAGAACAAGGACGAUGGUCUUGAGGACAUUGGAGAAGUGGUGAUGGCUGACUGCCAUCAUCGCCAACAUUAUCCUGGACACAGAUUUUUUGUUCUGUAUCAUGGCACUACAUUGAAGAAUGCACAGAAGAUCCAAGUUGAAGGCUUCGUUCCCUCUUUUGAUGGCAUGCUUGGCCGUGGGGUCUAUUUAAGCCGUGAUUUUAAAAAAGCCGCUCGAUAUCCACUACAGGGACGAUCACAGAGUCUAGUGGUCAUCAUGGUGAAUGUACGAGUGGGUAAAGUGAAGAGGAUCGAUUAUCAAGGCCAUCCCCUGCAGAAGACAUGGCAUCAGCAUGGCUAUGACACAGCUUGGGUGCCUCCCAACUGUGGAAUGGUGGCCAGUGGUUUAGAGGAGGACUGCGUGUAUGAUCCAAGUCGAAUUGAAGUCCUAAAGAUUAUUCCAAAUUAGACCCAUUAAUCCAGACCCAUUAAAAACCUACAGUGGAUGAAGUGUGGAUGUGUGGAUGAAUAUUUGGCUACUAUAGGGGUAAACGGGAGUAUAACAUUAAAAGAUGUGUGUGCAGCUAUCACCAUGCAGGUAUGCAGUAAAAGAAAAAGGAAUAGACGAAAGUUCCGAAAGUGAAAAGGACACCCAAUAAUUACAGUAUUUACAAAAAACAAAUAACAUAACAAUACACUCACACUACAUAUAACAAUAACGAUGUGGGAAGGUGAGCAUGAGAGGUGCCAAAGAAAAGAACUAAAUAAAACAAAAUACAGCUAACUAGAGUUUUAUCAGCUACUCUAACAAAAGAAAGGCAGAAAAGAAAAGUCUUCGGCAUAUAAACUGCCCUAUAGUAACAAACUACACUGUCUACUCAGAACAAGGGUUGGCACUCUCUCCUAAACCGUGUGUCUAAUAGUGAUGGGAAGUUUGGAUCAUUUUACUGACUCAGAUCUUUGAAUCUCAUUCAGCAAAAUGAACGAAUCAUUUUCAAGUCAUUUCAUUCAUUUCAGCAGAAUAUAAUUAAAAUGCUACAUGUUAAAUUCCCCAACACCUUUAGUACUUACACAAACGUUGAUCAUAUUUGAAAUAAAAAAUAAACUACAGUAUAGGCUAAUGCAACCAAGGCCAAAUUAUGAGAAACAUUUCCUCAUACAGCGUCCAUAACAGUGACAUUUGUUAAUUUGUUUGUAUGGUAAUUUUAUUAAGAUUCUGAGAUAUUCUGCAGUAAAUAAAAGUGCCUUUUAGCCGUG